CAUAAAACCCUAUUUUCUCUUUGCAUACUCUUUCACUAUAAUUCGUUUACUUUCUCAAUUUCUUAAAAAUUUAUAGCUAUGGUAGACAAGAAAACGAAGAUCUUGAAGAAUUAUUAUUCGGUAUUUCUGGUUAUUCUUUUUAUUAAUGCGUCAUUCUUCAAGUGUGUUAGAUCGGAAGUCUAUACGGUCGGUGAUGGCGAAGGGUGGGUUACGAGUUCGAACUACGGCUCGUGGUCACAGAAAUACAAUUUUACUGUUGGUGAUGUUCUUGUUUUCAAGUAUUUGAAAGAGCAACACAACACAUACGAGGUAACGGAGGCGACAUACAGAUCGUGCGAUACAAGCAGUGGAGUAAUAGCAAAGUAUGAGAGUGGGAAUGAUGAAGUGAACCUCGCUCUACCUAAAAAGUAUUGGUUCCUUUGCAAUGUGGCCGGUCAUUGCUUCGGUGGAAUGAGAUUAGUUGUUGAUGUCAAACCAUUAUUAUCUAGUACUUCUGAUACUAAUAAUACUAAUACUGAUUCCUCUGCAAAUGCACCAAUUGAACAGCCUCCACCACCCACCUCAGCUGCAAAUAAUUCUUUGGAAAAAUGGGGAUUUUUCACUUAUUUUAUUGCAUUUUGGAUAUUUAUCAAAUUAUAUGGGUAAUUGAAUUUGUGAAUUGUUUUCUUUUUCUUUCCUUUUGAUGUAAGAUUGAUUUUUAUUUUUUAUUUUUUUAGCAACUUUUUUUUUUGUAAUUGAGAGAGGGGAGCGCUUGUGUGAGGAAUUUAAUUUACAAACUAGCAUUUUGCUGCUCAGUAUUUAUACCAUUUGAGUUACAGCCUAAGAAGCACGGAAACUUCGAUAAAGUUGCGUUUCCCGUUUCAGAAACGUUUCGGAAACAGGAAACUCUUGGACACCCGUACGAAACGUUUCGGGCUGUUUCUGUAAAUAAUAAAAAUUAAAAUUGAUAAAAAAAUUUAAAAUUAUUACCCACAAAUAAAAAAAUCUAACUAGUUACCCAUAAAUUUUACAUUCGCAUUGCCCACAAUACAUCAAAUAUUUUUAUUUGUGUUGAAUUAUAUUAUAUUUUUUAUAUAUUUAUAAAAUUUUAAAUAUUUAGUAUAUUAAAAUGAAUUAUUUUGUUAAUUAUCAUAAAUAUUUAAAUAAUAUUUUUAUAAAUAUAUCCCUACAUUUUUGUUAUUUACACGUUUCCCCCACGUUUCGUGUCCUUCAUUUUGAAAUUUUUUCGUUUCUCCGUGUCCGUUUCGUAUCGUUUCCGUUUCCCGUUUCCGUUUCCGUGCUACCUAGGUUACAGCUCAUUGGUUUUAGCACCUUUUUAGUUGUGCUUGUAGACUAUGUUGAAUAAUAUAAGUUUGCAGAAAUGUAUCUGUUAUAAAUAAAUCUCAUAAAUUUCAAGAGAUA